AUGACCGAGAAACUUAACAGCAACGAUCAAGCGCAGUAUGGAGAGACGAUGAAAGCAACUAUCAUCGCUCAGGCUUGCGCAAUCUACGGUCCAGGUUACAGCAAGGCUCCCAAAUUCGACGUCAUCAUCGGCUGCGUAAAAGACGAAGACAAUCUCGACACCGCCGUCGCCUGGCUCAUUGUCUAUCCAGAUACCAGAUACUUCAACUGGAAGCCUCUUCUACAAACCGCAAAGUAUCUGAGUGUAGAUGGAGCGUAUCUGUCGCUGAGGCAGAUGUUGCGCGUGAAGACGGCCGAAGUCAUGGAGAAGAAGGAUAAGACUGGAAUGGAGGUGCAACCGGAGUCUGAAUGCUACAAGCUCUACGUAGCGAAGAUGAGUUGCUCAACACAUAACCUCAGAAUCAUGGCUGGAAUGACCAAGUACGAGACGGUCAUGUGGGAAAAGCAGAUCGAAGAGCAGAUCUUGGCUCGGAUCGACUUUCUCUUCUCUAACAUGUUCCCUCCCGGUGUCGUCUUCAACAUCAGCAUCUACGGGGAGCCCGAAGCAUAUGGCUGUGACAUUAACUGGAAGAUGGGCUCUACAAAUACUCCUUGGGAUGGUUUGAUGCGCUACAAAUUCGGGGAUACUGUAGAGACGAUCUUAGAGAAACUUCUGGGAUAUUUGCGUGAGCAGUCGGUGGAGGAUCUUUGGUCGUCGGUACAGUCUCCUCACCUCGUGGAGAGCAUCAAGAAAGCUCAGGAAGACCACGCAAAGGCUGAAGAAGACCUGAAGGAGGCUGAAGAGGUCUUCAAAAAGGCUGUCGAGGUCCUCCAGAAGUCCUCGACGGACCGCAAGAAAGCCGGGGUACCGGAGGAAGUCUUCUCUUCGAUGUACGUAUAG